UGAUUAGAUAUGAUCAUGGGAUUGUGCUGGUGUUUCCCCCAAUAUCUUUGUCUGCUAGAGAGAUAUACUGAGGAGUUGAUAGGUGAAACAUCAUGAUGUCUGGGUUAGCUUCAAAGGACUCCGGGCAAAAGUAAACAAGUAGCAUAAAUAAACAUGAGGAGCAGAGGAACAAUUCAACCUCAUUCUGUUUUUCUGUUCCUGUUGACAGCUCUAGAGCCUGCAAGGAUGCUGGCUGUCCCAGAGGUGGGCCUGCAAGGGCUGUACAUCGGUUCCAGCCCAGAGCGGUCCCCCGUACCCAGUCCACCCGGCUCCCCAAGGACCCAGGAAAGCUGUGGCAUUGCUCCCCUCACACCCUCGCAGUCUCCAAAGCCCGACACUCGAGCCCCUCAACAGGUCCCAUUCUCCGUGGUGGUGGCUAUUGACUUCGGCACCACAUCCAGUGGCUAUGCCUUCAGCUUUGCCAGUGACCCUGAGGCCAUCCACAUGAUGAGGAAAUGGGAGGGUGGGGACCCCGGCGUGGCCCACCAGAAGACUCCUACCUGUCUGCUGCUGACCCCAGAGGGCGCCUUUCACAGUUUUGGCUACACAGCCCGGGAUUAUUACCAUGACCUGGACCCGGAGGAGGCGCGAGACUGGCUUUACUUUGAAAAGUUCAAGAUGAAGAUCCAUAGCGCCACUGAUCUCACCUUGAAGACCCAGCUAGAGGCCGUAAAUGGGAAGAAGAUGCCGGCUCUGGAAGUGUUCGCCCAUGCCCUCCGCUUCUUCAAGGAGCACGCCCUGCAGGAGCUAAGAGAGCAGUGCCCAUCUCUGCCCGAGAAGGACUCUGUGCGCUGGGUGUUGACAGUGCCAGCCAUCUGGAAACAGCCAGCAAAGCAGUUCAUGCGGGAGGCCGCUUACCUGGCUGGCCUGGUGUCUCGAGAAAAUGCAGAACAACUACUCAUUGCCCUGGAGCCAGAGGCUGCUUCUGUCUACUGCCGAAAGCUGCGUCUGCACCAGCUCAUGGACCUGAGCAGCCGGAACCCUGGCACUGGGCGCCUGGGAGAGCGCCGUUCUAUAGACUCCAGCUUCCGGCAGGCCCGCGAGCAGCUGCGGAGGUCCCGGCACAGCCGCACAUUCCUGGUGGAGUCAGGCGUGGGAGAACUGUGGGCAGAGCUGCAAGCAGGAGACCGCUACAUGGUGGCGGACUGCGGGGGUGGCACCGUGGACCUGACCGUGCACCAGCUGGAGCAGCCCCACGGCACUCUUAAGGAGCUCUACAAGGCGUCCGGCGGCCCCUACGGCGCGGUGGGAGUGGACUUGGCCUUCGAGCAGUUACUGUGCCGCAUCUUCGGCGAGGACUUCAUCGCCACCUUCAAAAGGCAACGGCCCGCAGCUUGGGUGGAUCUGACCAUCGCCUUCGAGGCCCGCAAACGCACGGCGGCCCCGCACCGUGCUGGGGCACUCAACAUCUCGCUGCCCUUCUCCUUCAUUGACUUGUACCGCAAGCAGCGAGGCCACAACGUGGAGACCGCCCUGCGCAGGAGCAGUGUGAACUUUGUAAAGUGGUCCUCACAGGGGAUGCUUCGGAUGACUUGUGAGGCCAUGAACGAGCUCUUCCAGCCCACGGUCAGUGGGAUCAUCCAGCACAUAGAGGCGCUGCUGGCGCGGCCUGAGGUGCAGGGCGUGAAGCUGCUGUUCCUGGUGGGCGGCUUCGCGGAGUCGGCGGUGCUGCAGCACGCGGUGCAGGCAGCGCUGGGCGCGCGCGGCCUGCGCGUGGUGGUCCCGCACGACGUGGGCCUCACCAUCCUCAAGGGCGCCGUGCUCUUCGGCCAGGCCCCGGGCGUGGUGCGCGUGCGCCGCUCGCCACUCACCUACGGCGUGGGCGUGCUCAACCGCUUCGUGGCUGGGCGCCACCCGCCCGACAAGCUGCUGGUGCGCGACGGCCGCCGCUGGUGCACCGACGUCUUCGAGCGCUUCGUGGCCGCCGAGCAGUCGGUGGCGCUGGGCGAGGAGGUGCGGCGCAGCUACUGCCCGGCGCGGCCCGGCCAGCGGCGCGUGCUCAUCAACCUGUACUGCUGUGCCGCCGAGGACGCGCGCUUCAUCACCGACCCCGGCGUGCGCAAGUGCGGCGCGCUCAGUCUGGAGCUCGAGCCCGCCGACGGCGGCUCCGACGGCGCCGGCGCGCCCCCCGGCCGCCGCGAGAUCCGCGCCGCCAUGCAGUUCGGCGACACCGAGAUUAAGGUCACCGCCGUCGACGUCAGCACCAAUCGCUCCGUGCGUGCAGCCAUCGACUUCCUUUCCAAUUGAGGGCGCCCUGGCGCGGGGCCAGCCCCCGCCGCCCGGCCCGGCCGCGCCCUCCCGUCCCCUGGGUAGGGGGAGCCUGCUGGGGGCGGAGGGACAUGCGGCUCCUGCGGUCAGCACCCC